GCUUGGGGGCCACCGAGGGAACUGAGAGGAUGCCAAGUCCUCUCCCCUUACUCUGGGACAAGUGGAACCUCGUGCUGACCCCAGUGUCAACCGCACAUCUCGGUCCCCAACUCCAAGUAAGGAUCUGGUAGGCAGCCCAAACUUGGUGACACCAGAAGUUGGUCUUCCCCAGGUGUGCCCAUCUCAGUCCAUGGUACUGCUUUCCCAGCUCCUCGGGCCGCAGCCCUGCCAGUCAUCCUCAGCUCUUACAUCCACAUCUAGUCCUUCAGCAAACCCUGGCAGCUCCUCCUUCAGAAUAUUUCCAGAACCUGCCUUUGCUCUCUCGUCCCCGGCCUCUCCCCAGUCCUGUCCAUCAUUAUCUCCCAUUUGGAGUUGUGGCAAACUCUCCCUACUCCCUGUCCCCCCACAAAGUGAGAGGGACCCUGUGGACACCUGUCCCCCCUCCCCUGCUCAGAGCCAUCCUGUGGCUCCACCUCACUCAGGGGAAGAGACAUAGUUGUCACCAUGGGCCACAGGGCCCCACGUGACCUGCCUCCUGCCUUCAUCUUCAACCCACCUCUCUGUCGUCCUCUGACCACCCAGCAACCUGCCUUGCUGUCCUAGCACUCAAACUCAGAUCUUUGCACUUGCUAGUCCCCUCCCUGGCUACUCUUCCCCCAGAUCUUGUGUGAUUGUCUCCAUCUUAUCACUCAGGCCUUAGCCCAAAUGUCAUCUCCUCAGGGAGGACUUCCCCACCACCCUGGCCAAAGUGAAAACCCCAGCACUCAGUAUCUCCACUGCUGCGCUCAUGCAAUGCACCACAGACGAUUCCUCCUUCCCCACGUAACGGGUCUUUACUUGAGUAUUAUCUGCCUCCCGCUUCUCAGAUGUCCAUUCCGAGAGGCCAGGGAAGUUUGCCUAUAGCCCAGGGUGAGGAAGAGGACUGGGCAUACGAUGGGUACUCAGUAAAAAUGACUGGAAUGAAGGUGCUCAGAUCUGUGCAGUUCCCAGUGCCGGGGUGCUGCCUAAAUUAACUUAGACACAAGUUAAUUUAUUCAAUCCUCACCAUCAAGCUGUGGAGUAAGUUGUCACCAGCUCUUUUUCACAAAUAAGGAACAGGUCUUAAGAUUAAGCAGUUGUCCCAGGGCUGCACAGCUGGUAAUGGUGGAGCUGGGACUCAGGUGGAGCCCAGCUACAACCCUGAGGAAGUAGAUUUAUGAAACCCAUUUUCCAGAUGAGAAAACUGGGGCCAAGGAAGGGAAGGAGUUGCCUGAGGUUAGUCUGUAAGUGGCUGCCUCUGAAUUCUAACCCAGAUCCGCCUCCCAGUGGGGUGUUAAGCAUAUCAAACCCUGGUUUCUCUGGGAAGAGAAGCCCCCACCCAACAUGCUGGAGCCCAGGGUCUGGAAGCUGGAGGACUGGGGGAUGGGGCAUGAAUAAUUUAAGGGUCUCUGGCAGGUUGCUGCCCCACAGCUGUUUCCCUGCCGCGGGCAGGGAGGGGGUGGCAGUGAUGUCACUUCCUCUCCCCUGUGGGGCCACUGGGGCGAUGGGUUAUAAGGAGCUGCCGCCCCAGCCCGCACAGCGCCAAGGACCCUGGUCCGGACACCCCACCAUGCAGCGCCACAGGCCCACCUCCAUGCUGCUGCUGCCUUCCCUGCUAGUGCUGCUGCUCAGGGCAGCCACCGCAGCUCCCCUGGCACCAAGACCCUCCAAGGAGGAGCUGACCCGCUGUCUGGCAGAGGUGGUCACAGAAGUGCUGAUGCUGGGCCAGGCCAACCGAGGCCCCUGCACGGCUCUCCUCCACAAAGAAAUGUGUGAGACAGAGCCCUACGGCUGUGGGCCCGCCGAGGAGAAAGGCCUGCUGGUUGGGGAUUUUAAAAAGCAAGAGGCUGCGAAAACAAGGUCCAGCCAGGAGGUGAGGGACGAGGAAGAGGACAAGGCAGCAGAAAGGACCCACAAGUCCGAGUUGCACAAACAGGCCAUCCGCGAGCAGCUCCACAGCCAGCUCUGCCAGGAGGAGGAGGAGGAGAAGAGGAGGGGGCCUGUGGAGACCUUUGAGGGCCUGUGGAAGCAGCAUCGAGGAGGUGGCGGGGGCCCCGGGAAGCAAGUGGCAGAGCAGACCAGUGACGAGGAGACAGCUCAGUUCGAGGCAGAGGAGAAGGGGGUGCAGGUGCUGGGCGGGGGCCGCAGCCUGUGGCAGGGGGCUGAGGCGGGUGAAGGAGAGAGGCACGAGGACUCUCCGCACCGCCACCAUCUCCACCAGCCAGCAGCUGAGCCCAAGCAGGAGAAGGAAGAGGCUUGGGACAGGGAGGAGCAUGAUGUGGAGCGGCUGGAGCAUGUGAGAGAUGAGCUGAAGAAGGCAACGGAGAUGCUGGGCGAAGAGCUCAGGAGGGAGGGCUGACCCCGGACCUCAGGUCCUCCUUCCCGACACACCCUACGGCUCAGGCCUGUUGACCCCCAACACAACACCCCCCCACAACCUGGCGCCUGACUCUGCUCCCCAAUCUGCCUGAGAGGGGAGAAGGGUGUGCCUUGGAACCAGGCCUUGAGGGGCCAAGUCUGAGCUCAGACUGACUCAGGAAACAACCCUGACACCGUCUAACCCACUCCAACCCUCCCGAGUGAAUAAAGCACGAAGAAAACCA